CUGGUGCGGAUCGCCAAAGUCCUGGGCACGGACGAGCUGUUCGGCUACCUGCGCAAAUACCACAUUGAGCUGGACCCGCGUUUCAAAGACCUGCUCGGGCAGCAGAGCAGGAAGCGCUGGGAGCAGUUCAUCCAGACGGAGAACCAGCACCUGGUGGGUCCGGAGGCUCUGGACCUGCUGGACCAGCUGCUGCGCUACGACCACCAGCAGCGUCUGACGGCGGCCGAGGCGCUGCAGCACCCCUACUUCUACCCGGUGGUGAAGGAGCAGUCUCUGACCAACUCUGACAACAACACGGUUUCCAGUGGCAACAGCACGGCGCGGUGA